UAAACCCACUAUCUUCAUAUUCACCUUGGACUGCCCGCCACUCUGGCAAUAAAACGGGGAUGAAGUUUAACUCUUUGUCCCUUUCCCCUUUCUCUCUUCUCUCUCUUUCUUCCCACCUUCUCUGCUGAAAGUCUCUACACAAACCAUCUUCAUAUUCUUCUUCACUUAUUGACUUGUGGCAACCUAGGACGCUUCUCUGCAUCUUCUGGUGCGGAGGCCUUUAAAAUCUAAGAAUUUGUUAACCUGAAUCGGUACACAGUGGUACAGUGUAAAGUUUGAAAUCUAUCACACCACUUUCACUGUGAAACGCUUAUAGGUUGGAUUCAUAUCUUUCCACGGAAGAUGAUGAUGAUGAUGUUUGAUGAGAUGGGGUUUUGCAAUGAUUUGGAUACUGUCACUGCGACCCUUGGAGAAGAAAAUAUUACCACUGGGCAAGCUGAUCCAGAGGCCAUAGUUGAGGAUGAUUUUAGUGAUGAAGAAAUUGGAGUAGAUGAGCUUGAGCACCGGAUGUGGAAGGAUAAAAUGCUUCUCAAGAGAUUGAAGGAGCAAAGUAAAUCCAAAGAAGGAAUCGAUGCCGACAAGCAGAGGCAGUCUCAAGAACAGGCAAGGAGGAAAAAGAUGUCUAGGGCUCAAGAUGGAAUUUUGAAGUACAUGCUGAAGAUGAUGGAGGUUUGCAAGGCACAAGGAUUUGUUUAUGGGAUAAUCCCCGAGAAGGGGAAACCAGUGACAGGAGCAUCUGAUAAUCUUCGUGAAUGGUGGAAGGAUAAAGUGAGGUUUGAUCGAAAUGGACCUGCUGCUAUAACAAAGUACCAGGCUGAUAAUGCUAUCCCUGGAAGGAAUGAUGGAUGCAAUUCGAUUGGUCCAACUCCACAUACCUUGCAAGAGCUGCAGGACACAACCUUGGGUUCUCUCUUGUCAGCACUCAUGCAACACUGUGAUCCUCCUCAGAGGAGGUUUCCCUUGGAGAAGGGUAUUCCUCCACCAUGGUGGCCCACAGGAAAUGAAGUAUGGUGGCCACAAAUUGGUUUACCUAAAGAUCAGAGUCCUCCUCCUUACAAGAAGCCCCAUGACCUGAAGAAGGCAUGGAAAGUUGGUGUUCUGACUGCAGUUAUAAAGCACAUGUCCCCAGAUAUUGCCAAAAUUCGGAAGCUUGUGAGGCAGUCUAAGUGCCUUCAGGAUAAGAUGACAGCCAAGGAAAGUGCAACCUGGUUGGCAAUCAUCAAUCAGGAGGAGGCCUUGGCAAGAGAGCUUUACCCUGAUUAUAUUCCCCCAUUAGCCUCAGGUGGAGGGAGUGGAUCUUUGGUGGUCAAUGAUGGCAAUGAAUAUGAUGUUGAAGGGGGUGAGGAUGAGCCUAAUUUCGAUGUAGAAGAGAGGAAACAUGAGAAUAUUCACAUGUCCAAUCUGGUGAUGGAGAGAAUGAGGGGAACUAUGGGUGUUCAGCAGCCCUCUUUUUCUAUCAAGGGAGAGGCAGUUACAAAUUUGGAUCUUCUUAGGAAAAGGAAGGUCUCUAAUGACUUUAACAUGAUGGAUUUGAAGAUUUACACAUGUGAACAGCCUCAGUGCCCUUACAGUCAAGUUCAGCUUGGUUUCCCGGAUAGAAUAUCUAGGGACAAUCAUAGGUUAAUUUGUGCUUUCAGAGGUCCUUCAGAUUUUAGGGGUCCAAACUUUCAUGUUAAUGAGGUAAAGCCAGUGAUAUACCCCCAGUCCUUUGUUCCACCCAAGUCUACUGCUCAGUCUGCUAACAUGGCCCCGUCUGUAAUUGAUCUCACUGGACUUGAAGUUUCAGAAGAUGGCAAGAAAAGAAUCAGCGACCUUAUGACUAACUACGAUACAAAUGUACAGGGCAACAAGAAUAUGAGUUCAUGUAAUCGUGUAGCUGGCGAGGUUUUGAACCUUCAGCAGCAUCAACAGGACAACUUCAUUCGCGGUCGAGGAAUCACUAUGGAAGGAAACGUCUUUGACGAAGCUACCAUGUCAAAUAAUCAUCACACUUUUGCAAGAGACGAAUGCCAAUUUGACCGGUUCAAAGCUUUGAAUAGCCCCUUUGAGACCAAUCACAACAACAACAGUAACUUUCAUUCCAUGUUUGGGUCCUUUUGUGAUUUGGCAUCAUUUGAUUUCAAGGAGGAUAUGCAAGGAGUAGGAAUGGAUGCUCUUCAGAAACAGACAGAUUUUUCUGUAUGGUAUCAGUGAAAGUGACAAGGGGAAUCAGGAAGCUCAAGCUCAUUGUUGUGAACUUUUAUUUUCAUGUGAAGUUCCUUCAGCUUAAAGUUUUCUUCACAUGUAAUUCUAUAGGCCUAGAGCUAGAUAUUAUAUGCUUAUAUGUUUUACAGGUCUAGUGUUUGUUACAAUAAAAUACUUACAUAUAUGCUUUGUGUGCUUUUCAUCAGUCUAGCCUUCUGUUACUUAUUCCAUGUAAGACUGUGAUAUAAAUAAGACUUGAAUGUUCUUCCAAA